AUGUACGUCUCCAGCACACACAUCCUGCUCACUCUGGGAGGGAAGUGUCUGCUCAACUGGGUCACGCUGUUUCUCCAGAAGGGGCAGAUCUGCAGAAGCUUCCUGGGAGUUUUCAGCCUUUCUCUUGCUGUUGUCGACACGUUGCUGACAUUCUCCAUUGCCAAAAUUUACACCCACGGUGAUGAGUUUGUUGUCCUCUUCGGCUACCUGAUGACCAAAUAUGAUCCUUGUUUGCUGCUUCAGCUCAUGGGGCACAUCAGCAGGGUGCUGCAGUGGCCCGUUUUCCUCGUGGCUUCUGUGCAUCAUCUCUGCACCGUGACUCAGAGGUUACAAGCCUACAUUUUUAGGCCAACAUGGCUCUUCUAUACAUCAGUGACUAUAUCCGUGUGGUUCCUCACUGCUCUCUACUUCCUCCUGCUGUAUGACUUUGUUCCAGAUAUUUCCAACGGUGACACGCUCAGGUGCAGGGUCUUCUUCUCCAGUCAGAUCCUGCACCUCACCCUGCUGCUCCUCCUCAUCCUGGCAUGUGCCACACUUUUCCCCCUUAUCAAAUCUUUACCAAGAAGCCAAACUACGGACCAGAGGCAAACUCUCUGCAGAACUUUUGUUCAACAAACGCUGCAAAAAUUCCUCCACACUUGGACUCCUUUCCUGGUUUUCCUGGCCGUGUUCCUCUGUCAUCCUGUGGGAAUACCCUCAUACCUGGACCUGAAUGUUGUCUGGCUCUGUUUUCUGAACAGCCUUCUGGUAGCCAUUGUUUUAUGUGUUGCCUGUCCGUCCUCGCCGGCGCUGCAGGGCCUGCCAAAACCUGGUGGCGGUUUCUCUGACUGGAGCUUUUAGUUAAUUUUAGACCGGCUGCAGAGAACGAAACU